AUGCCAGGAGCUGGGAGCCGCGGUGGCAAGAAGAAAGACUGCAGUAAUUCCGGUGCUUUUCACAGCAGAGAUGGAGGAAUCCGAGAGCAUGAGAGAGCAGCUUUUAUCCACAACACACAAAGAACAUACCAGGAGCAGAAACUCUCGGUGACAGGAACGACACUACUGAGGAAUUUUCUGACUUCAGAUCAUAAGAACCGGGGCAUCAAUAAUUUCAGAGCCAGUUUUGUGAACCAGUGCAGUGGUAAGCCUGUUGGGAUGAACCACCCAGCCAACUGCAGCACGCACCUGAAUCAUAUUGUUGCGAUCCUUCAAAUGGUGCUGUAUAUACCCCUUUUCUUUCUGGGAGUGCUUUUCAAUGUUCUCGCCUUAUGGGUGUUCUGUUUUAAGCUGAAAAGGUGGACAGAAACCAGAGUGUUCAUGACCAACUUAGUCAUUGCGGACAGCUGCCUCCUCUUCAGUUUACCCUUCAUGCUGUAUGUCCAGCUUCAACAGUAUCAGCACGAUACCGUGUGCCUCAUCCUCGAGUCCGUGUACUUCAUAAAUAGGUUCAUGAGCAUCUCCACUAUCAUGGCCAUAGCUGUCGACCGGUACAUUGCCAUCGCCUACCCCUUGAAAGCCCACAAAUUGAGAUCCCCGCAAAAGGCAGCUCUUUUCUGUGGACUGCUCUGGGUCCUGAUGUGCAUUUCUUUCAUCUAUCAAGAUGGUUCCAGUGUCCACGAAACAAGAUGCUUCCUAAAGACGUCCACGACCCCCUCCCUCAGGACUCUCAUCCUUUUCCUUCUAGGAUUUCUCGUGCCCUUAAUCAUCCUGAGCUUUUGCUCCAUCCGCAUUAUUGUCCAUCUACAUAGGAAGCUGGGGACGCAGUCGGAGGAGCAGAGGCCACCUCGGAAAGCCAUCUGUAUCAUUUACAUCAACAUGAUCACGUUCAUUGUCUGCUUCCUCCCUGUGAACCUGGGUCAUUUCGUUCGUUUCAUUUUGGACUCCAUCAAAGCCAGCUGCGGCACAUUACAAAAAGUGAGCCUCUUCAUUCAAGUCAGUUCACUUGUAGCAAAUAUCAAUUGUUGCUUGGAUGUCAUUUGCUAUUACUUGGUAGCCACGGAAUUUCAAGAGGCUUCGUUGUUGAUCAACAAAUGCAAAUCUUGGUUGUCGGGAGCAAAUGAAACCCAGGAGACCAAACUCUAG